CCUAUAUAUAUAAAUUAUUUCUGCCAUUCAAUUCUCACCGAUUACUAAACCCUAGAGCAUUCGUUGCUGUGGCUGAGCGCCUCCACUUGCAAAGAGCUGAAUCAAUCAACCGAGAAUGACGUUCAAGAGAAGGAACGGAGGGCGCAACAAGCAUGGCCGCGGCCAUGUCAAUUUCAUCCGCUGCUCCAACUGUGGAAAAUGCUGCCCUAAGGACAAAGCCAUCAAGAGGUUUUUGGUGAGGAACAUAGUUGAGCAAGCUGCUGUAAGGGAUGUCCAGGAAGCCUGUGCUUUUGAUACAUAUACCCUUCCUAAGCUGUACGUGAAGAUGCAAUACUGUGUUUCAUGUGCCAUUCACUCUAAAGUGGUGAGGGUUCGCUCUCGUACUGAUAGGAGGAUUCGUGAGCCACCACAGCGCUUCAGACGUCCAAGGGAUGAUCUGCCAAAGCCAGGCCAACCUCCACGUGUCGGUGGACCACCUGCUGCUGCUCGGGCUUAAUACUUUCCUUGAACAUCUGCUGCUAGGCUCGUUCAACAUUAUGCAAUUUAUGAGAUCAUGGUUUUCACCGAUUUUGUUUUUUAGUUGUCUGACAUAGAACCAUGCAAAUGCAGUUUGAUGUGCAACAACUUCUUGAAUUCAGUAAAACUGAGUUUCUUUUUCUACGGUA